GAUGGCAUAGAUGCGAGGAAACCCCCGGGGAUGGGGUAUACCACCAAGGUACGGGUGCGGGAUCGAUAUCAUAUCGUCGGUUUCAUCAGCAGCGGAACCUAUGGACGGGUCUACAAGGCUAUCGGCAAGAAUGGCAAGAAAGGGGAAUUCGCCAUCAAAAAGUUCAAACCCGACAAGGAGGGCGAGUUGAUCCAAUACACGGGACUGUCGCAGUCGGCCAUCCGGGAGAUGGCGCUGUGCUCAGAACUGGAGCAUGCCAAUGUUGUCCAACUCGAGGAGAUCAUUCUCGAAGACAAAUGUAUCUUCAUGGUCUUUGAGUACACCGAACACGACCUCCUCCAAAUCAUUCACCAUCACACGCAGCCGCAAAGACAUGCCAUUCCGGCGUCGAUGGUCCGGUCGAUCUUGUUCCAGCUACUGAAUGGGCUGCUCUAUCUACACACCAACUGGGUUCUCCACCGGGACUUAAAGCCGGCUAAUAUUCUCGUCACAUCCGCCGGUGCGAUCCGCAUCGGAGACCUGGGUCUCGCCCGGCUCUUCUACAAGCCUCUCAAUUCUCUCUUCUCCGGCGACAAAGUGGUGGUGACCAUUUGGUAUCGCGCGCCUGAGCUGCUCUUGGGCAGUCGCCACUACACCCCUGCUGUGGACUUGUGGGCAGUCGGGUGUAUCUUUGCCGAGCUUCUCUCGCUCCGUCCCAUCUUCAAGGGCGAAGAAGCCAAGAUGGACAGCAAGAAAACGGUGCCCUUCCAGCGCAAUCAGAUGAUGAAGAUCGUUGAGAUUCUUGGCAUGCCACGGAAGGAGACCUGGCCGGGCCUAGUAUCGAUGCCCGAGUACUCCCAGCUGCACUCCUUGGCGCUUUCUCGCGCCCCCGCGCAUUUCAACCGCCCAUCCAACCUGGAAAGCUGGUACCAGAAUUGUCUGAAGAACGGCGGCUACUCAUCCACCUCGAGUGCGGGCACUCCCGGUGCCGAUGGGUUCGAUCUGCUCUCCCGUCUCCUCGAGUACGAUCCCACAAAGCGUAUCACCGCCACAGAGGCCCUCGAGCAUCCGUACUUCAAGAAUGGCGGGCCCAUCAGUGCCAAUUGCUUCGAGGGUUUUGAGGGCAAGUACCCGCACCGCCGCGUCACGCAGGACGAUAACGACAUCCGCUCCGGCAGUCUACCAGGCACCAAGCGCAGCGGGUUGCCGGAUGAUGCGCUCUUGGGGCGGGCGGCGAAGCGCCUCAAGGAGUAAAUCUUUUCAUUCACCUUGAAGAGAAAGUUGUUGAAAUUUUUUUUU